ACUACAUUUCCCAGAGAUCUCCGCGUCAUCCACGCCCACAGCCGGCGCAGUGAGUCAGAGGGCGGGGCUUCGUGUCAGAUUCGGGCUGCCGCUGCCCCCAGCACAGUGUGCUACGCCGGCUCUCAAACAACAUGGCGCUGAAAAGGAUCCAGAAGGAGCUGAUGGAUUUGCAGAGGGAUCCUCCAGCACAGUGUUCCGCUGGUCCCGUAGGAGAGGAUUUGUUCCAUUGGCAGGCGACCAUUAUGGGUCCUAAUGACAGUCCUUUCCAAGGUGGAGUUUUCUUCCUCACAAUUCACUUCCCUACAGAUUACCCCUUUAAACCUCCCAAGGUGGCGUUUACAACGAAGAUUUAUCACCCUAAUAUAAACAGCAAUGGAAGCAUCUGCCUGGAUAUACUACGGAGCCAGUGGUCACCAGCCCUGACUGUGUCCAAAGUUCUGCUAUCCAUCUGUUCAUUACUCUGUGACCCAAACCCAGAUGAUCCUCUGGUGCCAGAGAUUGCUCACACGUAUAAAGCAGACCGGGAGAAGUACAACAGACUAGCAAGAGAAUGGACACAGAAAUAUGCAAUGUAAUGAUGCUCCCUUAAUAGCUCAGCCAGACUUACAGACUGGAGAGGGGAGAGAGCCUCAGAUAGAGGCCAGGCCCUCCCUCAUCCCCCUUAAAAUCAUCUUGUGCCAACAUGCUCCUCGCAAUGUUUUUAUAUCAACUCCGAACCAAAAAUAAAAACCCAGAAACUCCAAGGAUUAGCCCCACAACACACCUCCCCUGACCUGGCUGAGAAUCAAUCCUACCCCCUCUUUCUUUGAAAAUCUGCUGCUGUGAUAUCACUCUGCCUCCAUGUGUUUAUUUUUUUCACCUCCCUCCCAUCUUGCAAAGCCUUUGUCCUGCUUUGCACUGUGAAGCCCUCCCUUGGAUCUUGUGCAAGAAGCUCAUAUCACUUUACCUACUUUAAAUAACUCAGGACACCAGAUGUUGAAUUAGGUUGGGUCCCAGGAACCCAACCCUGUUUUUUUCUUCGACUGUCUCCCACAUCAGAAUGACAUGGUUGGAAACUUCCAUUGGAGGAAGGAGAGAGAGACAUAUUGCACCUUUGGAAAGUAGCGUGGGAGUGUCUGUGUCAAGGCCCUCGAGGAUUCCUUUCCAGGGAAAAGUACAUCUUGAAUGCAUUAUCUGCCAUAGUACCAUCCCAAGAGCAAAGGAGUCUGGGAAAAACAUGGCACAGCUUUUAAACCAGCUCACAACACUCAAUGCUGUUUUUAAUCGUUACACUCCCUAAAUGUGUGACACACAUUAUUAAUGUACAAUAUUUCUGCCGACAGCUAUAUCCUGAAAGCCAUCACUGUCCAGAGAAUCCUUUUACGUGUGUAGGUGAUCAGUACCUAUUAGCAGUAUAUGUGCUCCUUAACAUUUCAACAUCAUGGCUGCCUAAUCCAGCUGCCAUCUUUUUUAUUUAAUUCUAUAGUUAAUACUAACUCAUUGCAUGUCUUUCUUUUUGUGUGUGAUACCUGAGACAAGUCAUCCACCUUCACUCUCAGGCAGGGCUCUAGCAUUUGAGGCAUCCGUUUACUCCCCCUUAACAUCAUUUCAUGGAGGAACUUGUUACAGGCUGUGCAAGUGUUGCAUGCUUGCUGUUCCUACCUGCUGUGCAAUGUACUACAGGUAUGAGAAAAGUUUUAAGAGCCUGCCCUGUGACCUUCUCCCUGUCCCAGCCUACCUCAUUCUGAAUACUGGGACAAAUUGCACCAGGCUUUGCACUGCUGUGCAAAUGUGGGGAUUCCACUCUACUGAAUGCUUCUUUAUAUUAAGAAACCCAUUGCCCCCCCCAUAAGGAUUCUGAGCCUCCAAAAAUAAGCAUCACUGUGUCAGCAUCUCUGCCUUCUGUAUAAUGACGCAGAGUGCCUGAAGAAUAGUAUAGAACAUUUUGCUGAAUGAACUAACUUGCUGCACUGGCUAAGUUCCUAUUUGACACAAAAUGUCUUUUUCCGAUGAUAUUCCUCAGAGGCAGGUUUUUAGGGGUCCUCUAGAUUAAAUUAAAAUAAUUUAUUAGAAUGCGUCCUGCUGUCUCAAGCUGUGCAUGAUCAUACUCUGCAUCACUAUACAAAGCAGCAGUCGGUGUUACUUUUCAGUGCCGGGCCAAAUCUAAGGGGCGGUGACAAUUAUCCAUGAUUUGAUGGUGAUAAGUAGGGCCUCCACUUGUGGCCUUUGUGCAUCACCACUCCCUGAUCCAGCAAGGGAGCUGAAACAAUAGAAAGCCAAACAAAUGGGUAAGGCAGCUAGAUAUGGUGCAUGUGUAGCACCCCUCCUCUGUUGCACCUAAGCCAUGUGCCUCUUCUGCCUACACCUAGUUCUAGCCCAUUAUUUUUUACCUGUUUUUUAAUGAUUACCCAAGUCCCAUUUACAGUUGGGAAUCCUUCAAGCUAAAAAGUUUGCCUGUAAGUGACUUGUGCUUCCUCCCAACCCAAAGCUUCCUGUUAUAAUAAUAGAGGUGCAUGUGGAUUAUAAUGCCUUGUGCACACUACAGACUAAGGCUCAAGGCACACAUUGCAUCUUUUGAGCCUUGCAUUGCUGCCUGUGAUUGACCAUAAUUAAACUGUACCUAACACUACUGCUCCAAGUGCAUUUCAACCCUAUAUGCACAUUCUGACAAAAAAUCUAGUGAUGUCUGAAAGAUUUCCAUUAAAGUCAAUGACCGUCAGCAUGACGAUAAACACACUGCUACAUGUGCUAUGAGCCUAAUGAUCUGUGAAUCUCAUUUUAAUCAUCAACUCUUAAGCUCUUAUCUGAUGUCAUGCUUGGUAAAUACUAUACUCACAUCUACAGUGAAGGUUAUUUAUAAACACUGCACAAAUUUGCACCUGGGCAGUAACCCAUGGCAACCAAUCGGAUGAUUGCUUCCAGCGCUCAAAAUACAGCUGGCUGAAAAAAAGCUAAUCACUGGUUGCUAUGGGUUACUGCCCAUGGGCAAAUUUACCCAGUGUUUAUAAAUGAGCCCCAGUGUCUUUAGUUUAAAAACGUUCAGCCCAAUGUAUUGGUUGAGUAAAAAAAAUCUAUGAAGAAAUCCUCUACAUCUAAAGGAUACAUAAACCUUAAAAAAAACUGAAUGUAAAAUUGCUCAGAAUGUUUUUCUAAGUACUUUUGACAUUUUCAGAGCUAUUUAUUUUUUAUUUACUAGCUGCUGGUCAGUUCCUGUAUCUGUACAGGCAAAGAAGACAAUCAAAGGAUAUUUUUUUUAGAAGGAAAGCAGAGACGUUUUCUGAUGUUGCUCUGCUCAGGAAGGAAAUGGGAAAGGACAUCUGAUCUCUUUUCUAAGCAGAAUAACAUCAGAACACUUCUCUGUUUUCCUUCUGAAGGUAUAUCUCUUUGACUGUACAUUUUACAAGAACUGACAGGCAGGUGGCGCUGUUGUUACAAAAUUCAUUGUAUUGGCAGUUAAUAAACCCUCAAAUAGCCCUAAAACAUAACAAUAAUUAUAAAAGUGCUUACAAAAGCAUCAUGAAAAACUCUGCAUUAAUAUUUAAGGUCUACUUAUAAGGAAUACGAUGACAAUUUUCAGUAGUUCCACAAAAUGAAAGAUAUUUGAAAGUGCAUGUGCUGUUUCCUAAAGGAAGUCCGUUUUCCAGACAGGUCAGUGCGUGUUGUGUGGCUAAUGGGUUUGUAAGAAGCGAUAAAUACUCUGUUU